ACUAAGGCGAUGCCAAGCCGCGAGCAAAGCUACGUCUCGCCAGUUCAGCUGUAGAGUGGCUUCCUCCUGCCUCGUUUCCAGGUGGAGGCACUGAGUGGGUCAAUCCGCUCCCUGCCUCGGGCGUCCCGUUGUGCUCAGCUUGGAGUUCCCAGAAGCUCUCACUGCCACCUGUUGAGAUGUCAUCCUCCAAAGGAAGUCAGGCUCAGAAAGUCAGGCUGUCUGUGUUUGCCAAGGGACCACUGGAGAUUCCCUCUCCAACAGAGGCAGACUGGCCUAAGGAUGAUGAAAAGGAUUUUGUCUUCAGGGACGUGGAUCAAGAGCUGGACUCCCUGCCUCAGCCUUACCGAAUGAUCAACAAGCUAGUGAACCAGCUGUUUGACCACUCGUGGGAAAUUAUCCAAGAGACAGAAGCUGUCCGGGAAACUGAGAAAAACCGUGUCCAGCCCACUGUCUACCCUCCAGUCACAGAGAUCCAGCUCAGCAAAAGGCCUGGCGGCAUGGCUGUUUCACAAGACUAUCUGUUUGUUGGAGGAGUCAAAGGAUUCUCCAUCUAUAAUCUGCACAAUUUCAAAAGAAUGUAUGUUUGGGAAAAGUUUAAGGUUGAUGUUGUUUCCAUCUGGGCCACGGAUCUGGGCAAUGAAGUACUUAUUGUUCCUGUGGAUGAAAUAGGCAUUGUGAGAUUGUUUUACUUGUAUAAAGACAGUCUUCUUCUCAUCAAAGCCAUCAAUGAAAUGGAUGAUGCCAGCAAGCAAAGCAGCUGUGUAAAGACAGAGCUCUCUCAGACCGGGGACUACGCUGCAUUCCUCUUCCAAGGAGCUGGGGAUAUUUGGCUGGAAGUGUAUAAAUUGCCCAAGGAGACUUGGAUAAAGGAAAUGGAGUACCCACAGUCUGCUCAAAAUCCAAAGAAAAAAACCAAGCAGCUACAACUGAGCACUCCUGAGCCUGCUGCUAUAGAGUAUGUGGAAACGAACUUGGGACCAAGACAAAGCCCUCAUACAAUCCAGGUAAACACCUCAUCACUGAACUACAUGGAGAUCCGAAAGAUAAAGGGAGAGUGGAAGGAAGCCACAGCUUCUGAAGGAACCAGCAAAGGGAAACAGGAUUUUAUUGAAUCCUGGGAUCUCUUCAAUCCAGGUACCACAUUUAAAAGCCCCUUGGAGAUUUUUUCAAAGAUAGAGGACUACAGUGGGCUGGGCUCCGGGCAGAAUCACUUCAUCAAGGAUGUGCAGUGGGAACAGCACAUGGAGAUCUUCUGUGCCUCCUACAGGAAGUACCUGGAAGGGGAGUGGGAGGAGGAGCCGCUCAGCACGGCCACAUUCCACUUCCUUACUCACUCCAUGAUCCCAGUGCCAAUGGAUGUCAAGAUCUGUCCAGCUCCAGGGGCAGCCCUUGUCCUCAGCAUACACUGGACUGGCAGUCAUAACUUCUUCCUCUAUUCGCUGAACAAAAGUCUGAAGGAUAAAACUGACUGCGAGAACGUGUGGCCCUGUGCUGCGCGCAUUACAGUGUCUCAGAUCAGCAGCUCCUCCUCCUACCUGGCCCUUGCCUGUGAGGACGGUGUGCUCAUUCUUUGGAACCUGGCCGAAGGAUUCCUCUUUGGGGUCAUUGCUCUGCCCGAGGGGUGUUUCUGCCAAAGCAUUCACUUCCUAAGAUUCUUCCUGGUGCACGAAGGACGGAACGUGUAUCCGGAAGGCCCCGUGAAGUCGGAAAUGAUGUGUGUGGUGCUCUGCACUGAUUCUUCCCUCCACCUGGUGACAGCCAGCGGGACCAGGGGGCCCACCAGCCAGGUGCUUGUGGAGAGGCCCACGAAGCACCUGGAAGAAGCCAUCUGUACAGUAGCCCCGGUCCCAGCCUUACCUGGCAUGGUGCUCAUCUUUUCCAAGAACCACUCUAUAAGUCUCAUGGACGUGACCAAGGCUGAAGUCAUUUGUGCCUUUGCGGCCCCUGUACACCACCACCAGGCGAUGCCCUGGAAGCCGCUCUUCAUUGUGUCUCCACACCGUCCCUAUUUUCUGCUUCAUGGAGCCCACCUGGAUGGUAACACCACACAUACUGAUGGUGCCAAGGGCACCCCAGAUUCUAUUUUCUGUUUCAAUUUUGAGGACUAUUCCCUCCUGGAAGAUAUCUCCAAAAAUUGUACCAUUUCUCAAAAGGACUUGGAAUGUAGCCAGGCCUUCCCCCAGGUGUUGCCCCUGGAGAAAAGAUGUGAGCAGAAUCUCCAGAAGAGCUUCCAAAAGCUGGUGAAGACCCAGAUGAAAGGGCAUGAUCAGUGGGCACGGCUGCGGAGGUACUCCGUUAUUCUCCAGAAAGAAAACUUAAAGAAGUGACCACUCUGGGACCUCCGCAGGAGCCUCCACCUUGACAGCCACUCCCCAUGACCCUGCAAGGCAAAAGGUCAGUGACAGAGAGCCACACUCCAAGCCUCGGAGCCAGCGGGGCCAACAGAUUUUGAGAACCCUUGAGUACUAAAUGCCUCGUGGAGGUUAGAAGUAUCGGUCAAAUAAAGAAACUGGAAGCUGC